AUGGCUGCGGAACACCUCAUAGGGCUUGUAGCGAGUGGGUUGUGCAAUAGUGAAGAUGGCUCGAUUUGGUCCCUGCUUUCCCCCAUCCCCUUCCCUGCUUCCCCCGAACCCCUUCCCUGCUUCCCCCCAUCACCUUCCAUGCUUUCCCCCAUCCCCUUCCCUGCUUCCCCCCAUCGCCUUCCUUGCUUCCCACCAUCUUCUUCCUUGCUCCCCCCCAUCCCUUUCCCUGCUUCCCCCCAUCCCUUUCCCUGCUUCCCCCCAUCCCCUUCCCUGCUUCCCCCCAUCCCCUUCCCUGCUUCCCCCCAUCCCUUUCCCUGCUUCCCCCUAUCCCCUUCCCUACUUCCCCCCAUCCCUUUCUCUGCUUACCCCCAUCCCCUUCCCUGCUUCCCCCCAUCCUUCCCUGUUUCCCCCCAUCCCCUUCCCUGCUUCCCCCCAUCCCUUUCCCUGCUUCCCCCCAUCCCCUUCCCUGCUUCCCCCCAUCCCCUUCCCUGCUUCCCCCCAUCCCUUUCCCUGCUUCCCCCUAUCCCCUUCCCUACUUCCCCCCAUCCCUUUCUCUGCUUACCCCCAUCCCCUUCCCUGCUUCCCCCCAUCCUUCCCUGUUUCCCCCCAUCCCCUUCCCUGCUUCCCCCCAUCCCUUUCCCUGCUUCCCCCAAUCCCAUUCCCUGCUUCCCCCCAUCCCCUUCCCUGCUUCCCCCGAACCCCUUCCUUGCUUCCCCCCAUCCCCUUCCCUGCUUCCCCCCAUCCCCUUCCCUGCUUCCUACCAUCCUCUUCCUUGCUUCCCCCCAUCCCCUUCUCUGCUUCCUCCCAUCCCUUUCCCUGCUUCCCCCCAUCCCGUUUCCUGCUUCCCCCCAUCCCAUUCCCUGCUUCCCCCCAUCCCCUUCUCUGCUUCCCCCUAUCCCCUUCCCUGCUCCCCCCCAUCCCCUUCCCUGCUCCCCCCCAUCCCCUUCCCUGCUCUCCCCCAUCCCCUUCCCUGCUCCCCCCCAUCCCCUUCCCUGCUUCCCCCCAUCCCCUUCCCUGCUUCCCCCCUUCCCUUUCUCUGCUUACCCCCAUCCCCUUCCCUGCUUCCCCCCAUACACUUCCCUGCUUCCCCCCAUCCCCUUCCCUGCUUCCCCCCAUCCCUUUCCCUGCUUCCCCCAAUCCCAUUGCCUGCUUCCCCCCAUCCCCUUCUCUGCUUCCCCCGAACCCCUUCCCUGCAUCUCCCCAUCCCCUUUCCUGCUUCCCCCCAUCCCCUUCCCUGCUUCCUACCAUCCUCUUCCUUGCUUCCCCCCAUCCCCUUCUCUGCUUCCUCCCAUCCCUUUCCCUGCUUCCCCCCAUACCUUUCCCUGCUUCCCCCCAUCCCCUUCUCUGCUUACCCCCGUCCCCUUCCCUGCUUCCCCCUAUCCCCUUCCCUGCUUCCCCCCAUCCCCUUCCCUGCUCCCCCCCAUCCCCUUCCUUGCUUCCUCCCAUCCCCUUCCCUCCUUCCCCCCAUCCCCUUCCCUCCUUCCCCCCAACCCCUUCUCUGCUUACCCCCAUCCCCUUCCCUGCUUCCCCCUAUCCCCUUACCUGCUCCCCCCCAUCCCCUUCCCUGCUUCCCCCCAUCCCCUUCCCUGCUCCCCCCCAUACCCUUCCCUGCUUCCCACCAUCCCCUUCCCUGCUUUCCCCCACACCCUUCUCUGCUUCCCCCCAUCCCCUUCCCUGCUUCCCCCCAUCCCCUAG